AUGCUGGUCUCAGACGAGGAAAACGUCGCUCUCCUCGAAGAAAAUGAGGAGGAAGAAAAUCUUCCUCCACGAUCCCUAUGUCAAAGGUGUCCAUUUCUUCGCCUACUCAUUUCGCCUACGUUCCUCUGGGUCAUCAUCGUCGUCGAAACCAUCGGCUUUGCUGCUUUUAUGGCGUACGCUGCUAUUAAUGAAGAAAAGGCCCCAUACUGUGCAUAUUCUCCAUUCUAUCUGUUCUACCCCGAUGCUGAUUAUUCUCGACCGCUCCAUUUAGCUCCCGUGAACGACGCUAUUUCAUACAACUACCAAAGCUUUGUGGGAGGGUUCAAUCAAGACCUCUCUCUAUUCCAGGCUCCGCCGUCGAAGGAACUAGACCAACGAUGGCGAGACCUAUACAGCCUUGGUAUGUCUCGUAUUUCGAGAUACGAAGCAGCCAAGUUGCCCAACGCAACAGUGCCAAUCCCAGGCGAUGAAGGGCACUACAUCGUAGAGCUCGACGUCUUUCAUCAACUUCGCUGUUUAGACCGUAUCCGUCAAACUAUAUACUCUGACCACUAUCCCGAUGCGCGCAUUUCCCUUGGAGACAACCAACAAUACGCCAGCCACUGCAUCGACUCUAUCCGCCAGUCCCUCAUGUGCUCGUCCGACGUCAGCCUACUCGUCUGGCAGUGGGAUGAAGCAACACAGCAGUCACGCAUUCGCAACGAUGUUGUUCACAGGUGUAGGGACUUCGACAAUGUCAAGGGGUGGGCGUUGCAUCGCCAGCUCAAAGGCGGCUUCAACACAAGUGUCCGGGCGCAUUAA